AUGACUUAUCUCAAGGACGUCUACCAGCGGUUUCUGGCAAACCCUCGAAAUGCUCCUGUGGCUGCUAAUGCCUCGCUGAUCUAUGUCCCCACCACCACUAAGAUCGAUGGCGCCGAUGCCAUUUCCACCCACGUCGCGCGUCAAUCGAGUGUUGUCAAAAAGAAAUCUGACCAGGUCAUCAAUGCCAUCGAGAGCUCCGACGCGUUGUGUUUGGAUAUCGAGACGACCCUGGAAUUUUUGGAGGGCGGCGGGGCGUAUCUCCCAUCGCUCGACGAUAAUUUCCUGGCCGACCGCGUCGUGACCUUCCCCACGCCCCAAUCUAAUGCAUGUCGUCGCUCGCUGCAGGUCCACAUCGUCCACUUCAAUGCUGAAAGCCAGAUCAAUCAGGUUCGCAUCUACUGGGACCAAGGCUCCCUGUUGAAAGAGGUGGAGGUUAUCGGAGCGCGCGGUCGUCAGUGGCCUAUUCGUGAAGCCAAGGAGCAAGUGCGCCUGCUCAGGACCUCGGCCACAGCACGUUCAGAAGCCCCCGCAUUGGCUCCGUCCCAAGAUGGCAAUGGCGACCUGCCUCCGCGACCGUCUUCCCCCGGCAAACGACACAUCAAGGACCCCUACGCUGCUGACUCCCUGUUCGAUCUCCUAUCGCCCAACAAGGCAGACGCUGCCAGAGAUCAGGAUGUGGAUGCGCCCCUGAGAUCCUCUUCCCCGGGAAAAAGACAUACCAAAGAUCCCUAUGCUGCUGGUUCCUUGACAGAGCUCCUGUCGCCGAGCAAGGAUACCUCCGCUCCCUUGCGGCCUUAUGCGCCGUCCGCUGCCCAGCCCGCUCCGCGCCAGUAUGGUGAGCUGUUUGUGGGUGAUGAGGAACCGGGCACCCCUUCGAAGCCCGAGAAAGUUGUUGCUCCCAAGGCAGGUUCCAAGUUCCAGGGGAGCCUCAUCUUUCAGGGGGAGCCUCUUGAUGAUGACCGUGCCCCGUAUAAGUCCGACCCCAAGAAGUUCCACCACUUUGAGAUUGGUGCCGACAACACCAAGCUGGAGUUAAAGGAGGAGCCAAAGCGCGGAAAGUCGCGCCACCAGUCUCAAUGGGACUUCAGCGACUUCGCCACUCCCCAGAAGCCUGUGCGUAACCAGACUGCCGAGGAGGCGCGUCACUUUGGUUACAGCGAUGCUGAAGCCGAGUCUCCCCCAGCCCGGCCGCCUGUGUUUAAGCCCCGGAAGGACGCAGAGGUGCACUUCGAGAUGGCAGAUGAGAUGAAAGACGGUGAUGAUGGCCGCAUCAUUAGCUCGUUCCAGGGCCGUGGCCAGCACCUGUAUGAAAACCGACUCUUCGACGAGAAUGGUGUAGCCGUGCCCACCGAGGCCGAGGAGAAGCAACAGGAGCCGCUGUCCGUUGUCGGCAAUAAUGCCAACCGCAAGAAGGACUUCGAUCCGCACUGGGAGAUGACCGAUGCUUCGCCCACGGCCAGCAAAUCGGGUAGCGAGACCUCCAAGCCUAUCUCCUCGGACCGCGUCAAGGCCGUAAAGAUGAUGGAAUCUUCAUGGGACAACUUCGACCUGUCUCCGGAGCCUAUCCGGACAGCUACCUCUCUGCACAACCCCCUCGCUCAUAACCAGCCUACUUGGACUCUCGGUGAUGACGAGUAA